AUGGGGGGGCUGGGAAAGACAACUCUUGCUAGAGUGAUUUAUGAGAAGUUCUCCAACGAUUUUGAAGGUUCUAGCUUUAUCGCUAAUGUUAGGGAAGUUUCAGAAAAACAGAGUUUGCUUCCAUUACAAAAACAACUUCUUGCACAAACUUUGGGGGAAAGAAAUAUAGAUAUAUGGGAUGUUUAUGAUGGAGUUGACAUGAUCAAGAAGAGGCUACAUUGGAAAAGGGUUCUAGUUGUUCUAGAUGAUGUUAAUCAAUUGGACCAAUUAGAAAAAUUGGUUGGAGAAUAUGGCUGGUUUGGAGAAGGGAGUUGGAUCAUAAUAACAACCAGAGAUGAUCAUUUGUUGCUUCAACAUGAAGUUCAUAAAAUAUAUAAGCCUAAUACAUUAAAUGUCCAUGAUGCUCUAAAGCUUUUUUGUUUGAAAGCCUUCAAAAAUGAGCAACCAGGAGAAGGUUAUGUACAACUCUCUGAAAAAGUGAUAUCUUAUGCUAAAGGACUUAUGUUGGCUCUUGCAACAGAAGCAAUUCAAGCCAUAGGUUUGGCCUCUUUUGAUGUGGAUCCGGAAGAGGCUCAAAGCUUUGAAGAAUAUUCUGAAGCCUUUUCAAAGAUGUUUAAUCUUAGAUUGCUUAUGAUUGAUGAUUUGCAUAUCCCAAAUGGUCUCAAUCAUGUUUCUAAUUCCCUAAGACAUCUUAUAUGGAAUGGUUAUUUCUCGAAAUGUUUGCCGUCCAGUUUCCAACCGAAAGAGCUUGUUAAACUUGAAUUGCAUUCUAGCAACAUUGAAUAUCUUUGGAAGGGAGUUAAGUAUUUAGACAAGUUAAAGUCCAUUGAUCUUAGUGAUUCCAAAUUCCUUAUUGGAACACCUGACUUCUCUGGGCUUCCAAGACUUGAGAGACUAUAUCUUAUUGGCUGCCAUGAUUUAGUUGAGAUACACCCAUCUAUUGGACAACUCAGGAGGCUUGUUGUUUUAGAUCUAGAAUCCUGCCUAUCUCUUACGAAUCUUCCUAGCAUGUCCACUGAAAUGGAGUCCCUUACAAAUCUUAAUCUUUGUGACUGCAUAAAUAUCACAAAUAUUCCAGAGUUUAAGGGAAUUAUGAAAAGCCUAUCAGAACUUUCCUUGAAUAAGACUGCUGUUGGGGAACUACCCUCCUCAAUUGAGUGUUUGACUGCGCUUACUUCUUUAAAUCUAUGA